UUUACGCUGUGUGCUUUGUGAGCUGUUGAGAAAAUGGAAGGAAUUUAUUUCUUCCUCACUCUCUGUUCCUUUCUGAAUUUAGCAUCAUCGCAUCAAGCAGUUAAACACCUUUCCAUGUCUGAUUUGGCACCGUAUGACUCUCCUCAUGGACCCGAGCAGAUUCACAUUUCCUACGGAAAUAUUCCGAGUGAAAUGACAAUAAUGUGGUCGACCUCGAAUUCAUCGGAGUUUGCCAGUUCGGUCGUCCUUUAUGGCUUAGCGCCGAAGAAUUAUUCUCUUGAAGCAAAGGGAAAAUUUGUUUUAUUUACCGAAGGAAAUCCAGAUGGACUGAAAUACAUCCAUCGCGUUGUUCUCCAGGGUUUAAUUCCUGGGAUAAAAUACUCAUACCGUGUACAAAGUGGUAGUAACAUUAGUGAUGGGUUUGAAUUCACUGCUAAAAGAGAUGAUGAGGAUUGGUCGCCGCAGUUCUUGGUUUAUGGAGACAUGGGUCGAAUUGGAGGAGCACCCAGUCUCAAACGGCUUAUUAUGGAAGCUAGGUCCGGACACAACACGGCCGCAUUGCAUGUUGGGGACUUCGCCUACGACCUUCAAACUGAUGGAGGACUUAAUGGUGACGCUUUUAUGAACAAAAUUCAGGACAUGGCCGCGUGGAUUCCUUACAUGACAUGUGUUGGAAAUCACGAGAUUCCUUUCAACUUCAGUCACUACCGAUACAGGUUUUCCAUGCCGCAACUCCAGUGGCCCACUGAAAUCGACAGAAUGUGGUACAGCUUUGACGUCGCCAGAGCUCACUUCAUCGCUUACUCGUCUGAAGUAUACUUCACCAACGGCUCCAUUCAGGGUCAACUCGAGUGGUUAACCAACGACCUUAAAAAGGCGAAUCAGCCCGAGAACCGUGCCAAGCGUCCUUGGAUAAUUGCAUUUGGCCACAGACCAAUGUACUGUUCAAAUAUUGAUAGAGAUGAUUGUACCACGCUUCACUCUGUGGUUAGACACAGCUUAGAGCCGCUAUUUUUCCAGUACGGUGUAGACAUUAUCAUCGAAGCGCAUGAACACUCGUACGAACGCCUCUGGCCAGUGUUCAACGACAUAGUAACAGCUCACAACUACAGCAAUCCUAAGGCCCCAGUCCACCUGAUAUCGGGCGCAGCGGGCUGCAAUGAGGCUUAUGGAAUAUGCGUGAGUCCCAUGUUAGGACCUAGAGGUCCCUGGUCUGCCUUCCGCGAGUGGUUCCCGGGCAAUGCUGGUUACGGUAAACUGAGGAUUGAGAACUCAACUCAUGUGUACUGGGAACAAAUUGAGGCUUAUGAUGGUUCGGUUACAGACAGUAUAUGGAUAAAACAGGAACACCACGGACCUUUCAAACCCCUGGAUCCGUGGUUGUAGUAGGAGACAGAGGGUAACAGCACAAAGUACAGGACACUGAAUUUCACUUAGAAUUUCGCUGACACGCUACUUUACGAGGAAUCAUUCAAAAUGAAGUUUAAUUCAGCGCCUCCAUAAUCAAUGGAACUCAAAAUGUUAUCUAUUCCAAAACAUACAGUAUAACUUUUAUAUUUUUAGCACUCUCUAACUGCUUUUAACAUGAUUUUUAAAAGGUUUGGAAGUUUCUGUUCUUCAAAAAUGUUCGCACUGAAUGUAAUAAAAUUUAACUAGUAUCAUAUUGAACUGGAGCUCAUAAAGUCAUCUGGAGGGUGUCAGAUUGAACGAAAAAUAUUUCAUAUUUAAGACUGUAAUCUCAAACUGCUACGAUCAUGUACGGGACUCUUAUUGUAAGAAUUGAAUUUUGAAUACAUUUAAUAUUCUUUUUCGGCUUUGUAUAUAUAUGUAACCACCAUCCCAUCGCCUUAGUGCACUCUUGUGCGGGCGUUUGAUAUUUUAGAUAUGUAAGACGCGAUGCAUUACUUCGAUGUGUGUUGGUAGGUCGAAGGGGAGCAAAGUCAUUUGACGGGGGAACUAAUAGUUAAUAAACACGGAAAAACUUUGCUUAGUUAGAGCUAAGAAGCCGUCUUUAUUAAACUAAAGAACAGAACUCAUUUCAAAUGCCGCCACGAGAAUAAGUUUUACUUAGCAAAUUUCACAAGCCGCCAACAAUAGCUCUAUAGAAUCUUUAUUUCACACAUAGAUCAGAUCAUCACACUACUGAAUUAAUUAGCUACUUAUCUAAUUUGUAUCUAAGGAGGUAUGUUCUUCAUUGAAUAAAGUUCUGUCUGACGAGCGCCUAGGCGCGAAACUCA